AUGACUGCCUGUACCUACCGAGAAGCGUCUUCGUACGCCCCUGUGUUUCCUUCUCCUCUCAACCCCACAAACCAUGGACCGGAGAACAAAUACGGCCCUGCACGCAUCGUACGCCGAAGACGCAGUCGAUCUGGCCGAAGAGGACCUCCUGGAUCGCAUACCCUCACCCAACGAUUCCUCCGUGUCAAGGCUGCCGAUGCCUGGAGAGGACAUGUCUUGAGUGCUCAGGUCGCCAAGUACGAGAGCGCCGAGGCAUCUGUUAUGGCUUUCAGUGAACCCAAGAACAGAAACUGCUAUCCUUCUAUGCCCGGCCUUAAAAACCUCGGCCUCAACUUCUCCCUCUCCGACGCCCACCGCAUCGCCAGCAGCAUCCGUCUACCAGAUCUAUCAUGUCCCAAGACAAGACGCAUGCUCCUUGCCAUGGGUCUCGUAGGCCUUCUGCCCGCUCUCAAGGUCCGCGACAUGCUCAGAGCAACCGAGUCAUUAUGA